CUGGCCCUGCACCUCAGCUCAGAAACAUCCCUCUGAGGCAUUCAUCUGCUCCUGGCAAACACCAAUCAAACACCUGGGAGCCAGAUGUAAACAGCUGCAUGGUAGGUGCCAUUUGCGAUCCAGCCUUAAUGCAAACCAUGCUUAGGAAUGGUUACAAAUGGCUCCAUAAAGAAGACAAAACACAUAGCACAGCCCUAACUUUUGUGUGUUGCAAAUAUAAAAGGCAAGCCAUGUGACAGAAGGACAGAAGAACAAAAGCAUUUGAAAGUAACAGGACCUCUUUUUAGCUCUCUGAAGAGUUUCAGCAAAGGAAGGAGCAGUGCGUUUUCCAAAGUGCUAAAUGUGCAGCCUCUCAGCUCCCCUGUCCUUCUCUAAGUUCUGGUGUCUGAGGAUGAGCUAUGCAGGAGAUUCUUUGAUGGAUUACAAUCUCAACAAACUCUAACUCAAGAAGAAUGACGGUUAAGAGAACUAACCCUGACUUUUCACUAUCCUGGAAAGGAAUGGGAUCUCAAUAUCUAGAGUUUUUUUAAUACUCUAUCUCCCUCUGCUGUUAUCACUGAGAAGUUGUUCAACGAUGGGAAAUCAUGUACUCGCAGCUUCAAUUUCCAUGCUCUCUCUCCUGGCGAUAAUGGGAGAUGCGGACAGUAAAACAGACAGUGCCUUCAUGAUCGACUCAGACCCCAGUCGCUGUAUGAGGCAUCACUACGUCGACUCUAUCAGUCACCCGCUGUACAAGUGUAGCUCAAAGAUGGUGCUGCUGGCCCGCUGUGAAGGACGCUGCAGCCAGACAUCGCGCUCGGAGCCGAUGGUUUCUUUCAGCACGGUCCUGAAGCAGCCUUUCCGUUCCACGUGCCACUGCUGCCGACCCCAGACCUCCAAGCUGAAAGCAAUGCGGUUGCGUUGCUCGGGUGGCAUGAGGCUCACUGCUACUUACCGCUACAUCCUUUCUUGCCACUGUGAAGAGUGCAACUCCUAGGGACCCACGUGCCAUGGCAGUGGAAGGACAGGGAUGCUGCUGUCAGAGAAGAGUCCCAAGAAGUACCCUAGGUGAGGGCAACGAUUCCAGCAUAUGAUAACAGGAAGGGCAGGACUAAUCAAGCUGGAUUGCAUUUAAGUGCUGGAGCGUAAAAUGUCCUGGGGCUCUGGAUGGUGCCGGUACGGAAGUGCUGUCUGUGACAAAGGCAAAAGCAGGAGGACUUGGUUUUAAGAAAUCUUUCUUUUUUUCUGAAAGGAUAUUUUUGUGAGUUUCUUUUUUUUUUCAGGCUCAGCUCUGACUACAGAGAGGUGGUUUUACUUUAAGGCCCAGGCCAGCCAGGAAAAAGAGAAGAAGAUCAGCUGGAUGACAGCACUGCACUCUGGAAGUUGGCAUUUGGACAAAGGAUGGACACUGGUUCCCACAUAUGACCUCUUAACCUACCAAUUUAUUCUCACUUUCUUAGUUAUAUUGGGCUUCAAAAUGAACUGUGUUGUCAGUAAGGGUUAUGU